CAAUCUAAUUCUGUGAUUGUUUUAGUGAGUGAACACAUAACAAGUGCAGGUGUUGCCAAUGGACAAUCAACAACAUUCUGAUUGUGACAAGGACAUUCCAAACCCAUCACAUUCACACGCUAGAAAAAUUUCCGACGGAAUCACAUCAUCGAACCAAGGGCUAACAAGUUUUAUUCGGGAAUAUCGUCCAUUACACGAAGCACUGAGAAAAGGUGAUUUAGCCGAGACAGAAAAAUAUCUCAUUAAAGACCAUCCAGGAUCACUUUGUGCAAAAAUCACUUCUAAUCACGAAACAGCACUUCACAUUGCAAUCAUGUUUGGCCAUCUAGACCUCGCUAAGAGGCUGGUGGAGUUGAUGUCAGAAGAAGAUCUUGCUUUGAAGAGCAGAAAUGGCACCACCGCGCUUCACCUUGUUACUCUUCUCAUUGAGAACGAGGACGAGAUCAUUGAUGUUGCAAAGUGCAUGGUUGAAAAAAACAAGAGAUUAGUUACUUUGAGCGAUACAAAUGAUUGGUUGCCGGUGACUCUGGCCUUGGACCUCGGCCACACUGAAAUGGCUCGCUACCUUUACUCCCAAACCCCGUUUGAAUUUUUCCAACCUCGACUUGGGAAACAUGGUGUUGUGCUCCUCGUCCAAUGCUACUACACCAACUUGUUUGAUAUAGCCCUGGAUUUGAUCGACCGUUGUCCAAAGUUAGUAGUGACGGACGGUAGAAGAGGGUUAAACUUUUUGGAGAUGUUAGCAAAUAUGCCUUCGGAAUUAUUGCUAAGGAAAAAUGUACCAUUCUGGAAACGAUGGCUAAACCCAAGGAGUCAAUUGCAAGUUCUCGUUGAGAAGAUACCAGGAUCAGCUCAAAAAACUAAAAGAGAUGAUUUUGGGACGAAUGCAAGUUCUGGCCUAUUGCAUCAAUCGGUCAGGCGUAUCUUGCAUUUAAUAGGAAUCAAAAAGGCAAAAGCAGUUGAAAAUGAUAAGCAGUUUCCUCUACAAGCUGCGUUUAGUGCAAUUUAUAAGUUAAACGAAAGAGAGAUUACAGCGGGUAGAAUACGUGAAGCGAUUCUUAAAGCAGCAAAACGAGGAAAUCCUGAAUUCAUAGUGGAAGCAAUAAGGAUCCAUUAUCCUUUCUUGUGGAACACAAAUGAUGAGAAUGGAAGGAACAUAUUCUUUUUGGCUGUUGAAUUUCGCCAAGCAGCAGUUCUUAAUCUCAUCCAUGGCCUUGCUAUGAAGCAUGUAUUUGCAAACAUGAGAGACAAAGGUGCCAACUGUUUGCUACACAUGGCAGGCUUGCCUCCUCCAUCAUCACAUCUUAAUCGUAUCUCUGGUGCACUUUUACAAAUGCAAAGAGAAAUGCAAUGGUUUAAGGAAGUCGAGAGUAUCAUACCACAUAUGAAGAAGGAAUAUUUGAACAGGGAGAAUAAGACACCUAGAGAUUUAUUCACAGAAAACCAUAGGGAAUUGUUAAAACAAGGUGAGAAAUGGACCAAAGCAAAUGCAGGAUCUUGUAGUGUUGUAGCAGCUCUUGUAGCCACCAUUACAUUUGCUGCUGCUUUCACGGUUCCUGGUGGCAAUGACCAAAUCAAGGGUUAUCCAAUUUUCUUACAUAAAAGCUUAUUUGUGUUAUUUAUGAUAUCAAAUGCAACAUCACUUUUCAGUUCCACAACUUCUCUUCUCAUAUUCCUGGCACUCCUCAAUUCUCGCUAUGCCGAGGAUGAUUUUCUCAAGUCAUUGCCUUCAAAAAUGAUCAUAGGGCUUUCCACUAUGCUCUUUUCUCUAGCCAACAUGAUGCUGGCAUUUUGUGCAGCACUUUUUCUAACGCUUAAAAGCCAGGCAUGGAUUGUUAUUCCUGUAACUUUUCUUGGUUGUGUGCCAGUUAUUUUUUACAUUUGGUUGCAGUUUCCAUUGCUUAUUGAGAUUAUCAUGUCAACUUAUGGACCAGGAAUUUUUAAUAGAAAUGUUAAGCGUUGGCCCUGAUUGAUGGAGUACAGUUACUUUCAUUAUGUAAUAAUAAGCACAGAUUUGUGGUGGCAACAAAUCAAAUUAAGUGCAUAUAUUCUCAGUGUAUAUAUUGGAAUUGUGUUCUUAUUUAUUCAUGGGAAGUGUAAUGAUUGAUACUCGUU